GAAAAUGGGAGAUAUUGAGAAAGGCAAGAAGAUCUUUGUCCAGAAAUGUUCCCAGUGCCAUACAGUUGAAAAGGGAGGCAAGCACAAGACUGGACCCAACCUGAAUGGCCUUUUUGGACGCAAGACUGGACAAGCUGAGGGCUUCUCUUACACGGAUGCUAAUAAGAAUAAAGGUAUCACCUGGGGUGAGGAUACUCUGAUGGAGUAUUUGGAAAAUCCAAAGAAGUAUAUCCCAGGAACAAAGAUGAUUUUUGCGGGUAUUAAGAAGAAGUCUGAGAGAGCAGACUUAAUAGCAUACCUCAAAGAUGCCACUUCAAAGUAAAAGUUAUCUGCUGCCUUAUUUAUUUCACAAAGGAGAUGGCAAUGGAAAUGUCUGUGAGAUUGGUUUUUAAACUUUCUAUUUUUACAUGUACCGUGUCUAACCUUAAAAUCUAUCUCACCCAUCAGAUAACAUUGCUUACGGUAGGUCACUGGAGUACACACUUGUUUGGCAGCCAUUAAUUUAAUGGAAACUGUAAUUGGGUUGAUUUAAAUGACUAUAAUGUUCAGUCAUUCUUGAUCAUAAAAUUAAAAAAAGUCAAAAAACCAAAAAACA